ACACACUAAUUCCCGCUUUGGUAUUUGAUAAUUUGGUCUAAGUUUUAGUAUUGUAAAUCCAUGAGAUUUAGUCCAAAAAUACAUAAAUAAUAUUUAAUUACAAUUAAGUUUGCAUUGGCUCUCGCUAGGAUUCUUCUUUUUGUAGCCUUUCGGUGCUUAAUUUCAACACUUCUCUUUCUCUUUCAUCACUUUCUUUCCUCGUAAUUCUCAGAGUUUUGUUCUUCUUCAGAAUUCGAUUCCACAGUCUCUUCAAAAUGCCGAAAAAAAGCUGCAAUUUCUGAUUCUUUUGUUCCCCAAAUUCCCUUUUCAUUUUUAUUGCGGAUUUCAAUUUCAAGGAAAGCUCUAAUGCUAAUGGCGAUCGAUGUUUGCUCUGAGAUUUCCACUGUAGGAAUCAGUCCCAGAAUCUCAUUUUCACAUGAUCUGAAUCAAACCGAUUUGUUGCCUUCUUCUAAUUGUGAUCGUGAUCGCGAUCGUUUGGAUUUGAGUCUUCUCGAAUCCGAUUUCGAUUUCUGCAUUGGUAACCUUCUUCUCCAAGAUCUUUCCUCCGCCGAUGAACUCUUCUCCAAUGGCAAGAUCCUCCCCAAAUCCAUCCAGCCAAACAGACAACUUCUUAGUAAACCUAAUAAAUCCCAUCGUCUAAUUCCUCCGAUUCCUCCCGAUCCUUCCAGAAACUCAGUCUCCUCCGAGAAGAAGAGCCUUAAAGAGCUUCUAUCCGCCAGUUUCGAUGGCGAUGAGAAACCGCAAUCCAAAUCCUUUUGGCAGUUCAAGCGAAGCAGUAGUCUCAAUUGCGAAAGCUCAAAGAGUAGAGGUUUGAUUCGAUCCUUGCAUUUUCUGUCCAGAAGCAAUUCAACUGGUUCGGUUUUGAAUCCGAAACAGCAAUCGAAUUCGAAGGAUUGUCAAAGACCGAAUUUGCAGAAACAGGGUUCCAGUUCAAGUAGUAGAAGAUCAUCUUCAUCCUCAUCUUCAUCGUCUUUCUCCAACUCCUAUUUUGCAAACACGUGUUCUCAAAAGCCUUCAAUGAGGAAGAAUUUUGGAUGGAACAAUGGGAAUGGAGUUGGAAGUAGUAGUCCUCUUCUCAAUCUCCCUCCACCGUACAUUUCCAAAGUAACUGUGAGUUUUUUUGGAUUCGGAUCUCUGUUCUGUAAUGGUAAAACUAAAAAGAAAAAGAAAUAAUGAAAAGAAAACCCAUCUACAUGAUAUGUUCAUAAAAAAUUUCCAUCUUCGAGUAGUACAGAUUUAGAUCGAUUCUAUGCGUCUGUCUGUUAGUUCUGUUUUUCAAGCAUGUGAUCACUCUCUCCAAAUUGGAACAAUCACAGAAAAUUGCAUUAUAUUAUUUUCAAAGCAACGUGGUGGUAAUUGAAAAAAAUAGUAAAUAUAAAUAUAAGUGGAAAAUGCUAUAUAUCUUUGUUCUAAUUACAAUUAUACCCUCCCAUAAUAAAAAUGAUCCUUUUAAUUUAAAAUUUAUGAAAGUGUUGAAAUAAGUUUAUGGGCAGAUUUGGCUAUACCAUUCAGAUAAUGCCAUUAAAAACUCUAUUUCUAUCUAUUAAUUUACCCAUUUGGGUUUUCAAUUUUAUUUCAUUUUUCUUCCUUCCUCAAUAAUGAUUCUUAUGGGCUGUCCCCUUGUUCUUUCUUCUUUCCAACUUUGAUUGAAGCCUUCUUUUCGUUUUUUCUGCCUCCAUGAUUGUCAUAAUUUCAUGUGGAAUCAUCUCUCUCUCUUGUAAUAAUUGGUUUCAUUUUCAACAGCUUUUUUUUCUUUUCUUUUCUUUUCUUUUCUCUUUGUUCUUAAUUGUUCCAAAAGUGAGUUUGAAAGGGAGGUUAAUUAUAAUGUGUAUUAAUAUUAUGGUCUCCUUUAACUUUAACUUUAUCUUUGUCUUUAUUAUAUGCUUGGAUUAACUUCUAUUGUAUAUAUUUGCAUUACAUGUAAAGGAGUGAUUUAUCUU